AUGAAAACAGAGCAGCAAAACGUCUCGGAGGAGGAUCUUGUCGCCGUCACCGGACGCAAUACGCGAUCCAAGACCUCAAGCAAUAGUGUAGAACCGUUACCAGUUGACCUAAUUGUCGAGAUAUGUUCAAGACUGCCGGCGAAAUCCAUGUCAAGAUGUCGCUGCGUAUCGAAGCUUUGGGCUUCUAGUCUCUGCCUCCCUUACUUCACGGAGUUGUUCUUGACCAGAUCUUUGGCUCGCCCGAACCUAUUGUUUGCUUGCCGAAAAAACAAACACGUGUUCUUCUUCUCCUCACCUCAGCCUCAAAAUCUUGAUGACAACAACUCCUCCUCUCCUUUAGCCGCCAGUUAUCUUAUGAAAAUUCCGUAUUAUGCAACUUUAUUUGAAAGAUGUACUUCUGUCAGAGGAUUGAUGUUUCUUGGAGAUGAUCGGAUUUUAAUGGGAAAGGAGCAUAAUGUCUCGGUGAUAUGUAACCCCAGCACGGGAAAAUCUUUGCCCUUACCCAAAAUCAAACUCAAGACGAAGAAGUUCAGAUUUUUUGAAGACACUAACUCAGAUUGUUCACAUCUGAUUAACUACAAUGGUAAAUUAGCUUCACGUGGGUCUCAUCAAUGGAAUAAUAAUCGUCUCAAUGGAAGUUGUACAAGUAUUAAGCUGCGGGUUCUACAAGAUUUUGAAAAGCAUGAGUGGUCGGAGCAUAUAUAUCAAUUGCCUGCUUUUUGGUCGAAUACUGUUGGGUCAUUCACAAGUUUACGCGUUGUUGGAGUGACUCUCACAAACGAAAUUGUGUUUUCAUUUUCCUAUAUAGAGAAGCCUUUCUACGUUUUCUACUACAAUGCCGAGAGGAACACAAUCAGAAGAGUACAAGGAUUGGAAGCGUUUGAGUGUUAUUCCAUCCUUUACACCUUUCUAGACCAUGUAGGGGAUGUGAGUGUGAAGCUUAAAGAAGGGUCUUCAUCAUCAUGACUUUUAUACUUUGAGAUUUUUUGUAACAAAGCUAGUGUUAUCGGUUUAUGGUUAAAGUAAAAUAAAAGGAUAUAGUGUCCCUCCCUUUAUCAUUUUCCGAAGUUGAUUAAUCAUCUCGAACUAUGCCAUUGGCUUGUUUCUUUGGAUGCUUAAAACUAUUCACACUA